GUGGAUCUGUGAUCGUGUGUGUGUGCCUGGGCAGAGAUGUGAGCCUCCCAUUGAUUGAUCUCUCACUACACUCCCCGCUGACCGGAGAAAACACUCGACAGCGACUGCGAGAGGGGGUUUAAAUUGGACAAAUACCGUCCAGCUCGUUUGACGGAUAAGGUAGCUAUCGGUUUCCUCGCACGGCCUCAUCUAUAAUCCGCUGUUUGAACCAGCAGCCUGGCCCUUAAUGUGUCUCGGCGUUAGCUAGCCUGUAAUGUCGGCACUGUUGGACUUGUUUUCUGGUCUCCGCUUCCUGUUAGCCUCUGGGCUAGCUGGAAAAUCCACAUUACGCUAAUGAACGAGCGGGCUUAGUUAGCCGACACAGAGGGGUGUAACUUCACUGCUCGGAGUCUGCGUUACCACGGUGCAAUUCAGUCUCGAUUUAUCCACCAAACCUUGGCUGGUAACUUUGUUUCACGGCGAGCUGUCUGCUCCUUUUUUCUUUUUUUAGUUUGCUAACCGCUCGACAGCUAGCCACCUUUGAAGGGUUUAAGUAUUUAAGUUAACAAGCUUGUGCAGGCAGAGACACACGGAGAGAGAGAUAUAACUUAAGUUGUUGUCGGCGAUGAGAUUGCUCGUAUUAAUACACGAAUAUGUGUGAAUGAAGAUACUUUAUUUGACUGUGGGAAAGCCUGACUGCUCCACUGUGACAAGACAAUAGAGACUUGCUCAGCGGUUGUUGUGGCAACGACGAGAAAAAAACUGAUAACUUAGAGGAAAUAGUUUUUUUUUUGUUUCUUUUUCUAGUGCAUGCUUUUUAUUUUAAGGCACUCGUCCGUGUGAGAGUGUGUCUGUGAUGCAGACGGAUGAGGUUUGAGCUCGCUGCUGUCAGGUGCCUCCUCUCGUUAUACCGACACAGCAGCUGUAGAUGCCUCAGAAAACGCUCGCAGCAGCCGGUCAGCACAGGUAACUAGGUGGAUAGAGAGAGGCGGUCUGAAGAGGGAGGUUUCUGGAUACCUUCAUCACGUCCAUCCACCAGCACCAGCACCACCACCAUCACACCGCCUCCUCCUCUUCAGUCAUGGACCCCCCGAGGACUCGGUCGCGGUCUCGGUCCGGCUUCUAUCAUUUCGGCAUGAACGGCAACGUCGGGAGCAACGGCGGUGGCAACGCGGUUGGCAACGGGAGUAUGAUGAUGAACGCCAGCGGGGGAGGAGGGGUGAGCUACCCGCAGCAGAGCAACCCAGGCUGGGCGACGCACCACGGUGGUCGUAGCUACCCGGAGAGUCAGCAGCAGCACGCCCAGGGGAGCUACCUGUCCGCGGGGGCGCAGCGCCACUCGUCGCACGGAGCUCACAGACACCCCGGGGCUGGAGGAGUGCUACAUUUCCAUCCAGAUAAUGUGUGCAGUGAGGAUCGGGACAAAAUGGAGGACAGCCCGAGCCCGAAAAGGCAGCGUCUUUCCCAGCAGUCUAUGUUGGAUUUAAACUCUGCCCCUCCCUCUACUCCUUCCUCUCCCAUUCGGCCCUGGGAACUGCCUCCCAGUCGCAGACCACACCCCCACUACAUGCCAGAGAGAUGCCAUACGCCUCUUCGCAACAGACGGAGCCCUCCAAUGAGACGCCAGCGUGGCCGGAGAGACCGUCUGACCCGUCACCACCACCAUGCCCACAACAAUCACCACCACUACAACGGCAACAACAACAACAACCACCACCACCACCAUCACCACCCAAACGGCCACCAUCAUCACCACCACCACCUGCACUCCCACCACGGCCCGUCGCCAGGCCACCAGGACGAGAACUACCGUCACCCGGCUCCCCCACAGGGCUACCCGCCCUACAGCCAGCAACCUCCUCGGGGGCUGGGGCCUGGGCCUGAAGAGCGCCCAGGUCACCACCCCCCGAACCCAUCUCCGAGACCUCUCCAUCAGUCACCGAACUUAUCUCCCAGGCUGCUGCACCCUGCGGCACAUCCGCAGCACCCGCACCCACAUCCACACCCCCACCCAUCUCAGCAACAGAGCAGUGUGGUGCUGGACCUCCAUGAGCAGGGUUCGGUUCCAGUAUCGUAUCCUGUGUCUCCCCCGGGAGCACCAGGCCUGCCGCCUCGCUCUGCCCCUCAACAGAUCCCAGCAUGCUCGGUAGUCUUCAGUGGACAGCACUAUCCUGUCUGCAGUGUCCCUCCUCCUGUCAUUCAGACUUGUUCUGUGCAGCACUUACCCAUGCCCUACCCAUUCCCAUCAUUGCUGUCCAGUGACCAGGCCUUCCUGCUUCCCCCUCCUCACCUCCCCCAUCCCCCAACACACCUUUCCCACCAUCCACCUCACCUGCCCCAGCCUGGACAGUUUGGACCCUAUCCGACGCAGCAAGCCCGAUCGCCGUUACAGAGGAUAGAGAAUGACGUGGAGCUGCUCGGAGAACAUUUGUCUUUGGGUGCUGGGCUCCACUAUCCUCCUGCCACCCACCCUGCCCUCACACCACACUCCACACAGCUUCACUUCCUCUCCCAUGACCCGCUGCCACAAGAGUUCUUUGGAGUGUCCUAUCCAAACUUUAUUCCUCGGCGUCUCCCGGGGCGACGGUACCGCUCGCAACAGCCACUGCCACCUUCGCCUUAUCACCCCAGCCUCCUGCCUUACUUCCUUUCAAUGCUGCCAGUCCAGCCCACCGGUCCUGCGAUCAGUCUAGAGCUGGAUGUAGAUGAUGGAGAAGUGGAAAAUUAUGAGGCCCUCCUGAACCUCGCUGAGCGUCUGGGAGAGGCCAAACUCCGAGGUCUGACUAAGGGAGACAUCGAACAGCUUCCUUCCUAUCGGUUUAAUCCAAAUAACCAUCAGUCUGAACAAACACUGUGUGUGGUGUGUAUGAGCGAUUUUGAGUCCCGCCAACUGCUGCGAGUCCUGCCCUGCAGCCACGAGUUCCACGGGAAGUGUGUCGACAAGUGGCUGAGGGCCAACAGGACGUGUCCUAUUUGUCGGGCCGACGCCUCAGAGGUCCAGAGAGACUCAGAGUGACCACAUGAGGGAGCCAGACACUCCUGAUCUGUGUGUCGAACUCGUUCAGCACUACCUGCUCCUGAUAUAAGUGAUUCACAUGUACGUGCUCACACACGCACAGACGCACCACUUCCUUGUCUUUUUUUUUUGUGCAGCACUUCCUGCUCAUAUGUUAUCCUUUCAGUCUUCAUCACCUCCCCUCUACACUUGAUCUGGUUUUCAUCAGACUCCCUCGUUCUCAGUUGUUGUACUUCCUUUCGUUUCCCUUCUAUCAGUGUUUCCUGUUCACAUGAAUGCAGGCCUUCUCAGCUGUUAGUGAAUUAAACCCUGCCUGACCACUA